AAACCCGGAAGUGACGCUCUUACUUCGCGUCCGGGGCAAGAAAGUUCGAAGAUGGCGGCGCGCAAGGGCCGGAGGCGCACAUGUGAAACCGGGGAGCCCAUGGAGGCUGAAACCUGCGACCCAGGAUCCGAAGGUCCAUCCCAGGUCUACCUGCCCGGCAGAGGGCCGCCACUGGGCGAAGGAGAGGAGCUGGUAAUGGAUGAAGAGGCCUACGUGCUAUACCAUCGUGCGCAAACUGGCGCCCCUUGUCUCAGCUUUGACAUAGUCCGAGAUCACCUGGGCGACAACCGAACAGAGCUUCCUCUCAGCCUUUACCUGUGUGCGGGAACCCAGGCGGAGAGCGCCCAGAGCAAUAGACUGAUGAUUCUUCGGAUGCACAAUCUCCAUGGGACCAGGCCGACACCCUCAGAGGGCAGCGAUGACGAUGAGGAAGAUGAAGAGGACGAAGAGGAGCGGAAACCUCAGCUGGAGCUGGCCAUGCUUCCCCACUAUGGUGGCAUCAACCGAGUUCGGGUAUCUUGGCUGGGGGAGGAGCCUGUGGCUGGAGUUUGGUCAGAGAAGGGCCAGGUGGAGGUGUUUGCACUGCGGCGGCUCCUACAGGUGGUGGAUGACCCCCAGGCCCUGGCCAUCUUCCUCCGCGAUGAGCAGGCCCGAGUAAAACCCAUCUUCUCCUUCGCUGGCCACAUGGGGGAGGGCUUUGCUCUUGAUUGGUCCUCUCGGGUGCCCGGCCGCUUGUUGACUGGUGACUGUCAGAAGAACAUCCACCUCUGGACACCUACGGAUGGUGGUUCCUGGAAUGUGGACCAGAGGCCAUUUGUGGGCCACACGCGCUCUGUGGAGGAUCUGCAGUGGUCACCAACUGAGGACACGGUGUUUGCCUCCUGCUCCGCUGAUGCCUCAAUUCGCAUCUGGGACAUCCGAGCAGCCCCGGGCAAGGCCUGCAUGCUCACCACAGCCAGCGCCCACAACGGGGAUGUCAAUGUUAUCAGCUGGAGCCGCAGGGAGCCCUUCCUGCUCAGCGGCGGGGAUGACGGGGCCCUCAAAGUCUGGGAUCUGCGACAGUUCAAGUCUGGCUCCCCCGUGGCCACCUUCAAGCAGCAUAUGGCCCCCGUGACCUCUGUCGAAUGGCACCCUCAGGACAGCGGGGUCUUUGCAGCUUCGGGUGCUGACAACCAGAUCACACAGUGGGACCUGGCGGUUGAACGGGACUCAGAGGCAGGAGAGACAGAGGCAGACCCUGGACUGGCGGCACUCCCCCAGCAGCUGCUGUUCGUGCACCAAGGCGAGACUGACCUGAAGGAGCUGCACUGGCACCCACAGUGCCCUGGGGUCCUGAUCAGCACCGCCCUGUCAGGCUUCACAGUCUUCCGCACCAUCAGUGUUUGAGGCAGCCAGCACUUGGCCUCAGGCCUUGGCACUGUGUGGGAACUGGAUAGGUUAACUUGGCAAGGAUUAUUAGGCCUGUGACUGCACCUCAAGAGAGGAAGACUUGUUCAUCUGGCCUGUGUGGAGCAGAAGUAAUGGAUUCUACUGACCUGGCAUCUCUAAGGAUUUGGAUUGACCCUUGGCGCUGCCUUACACCAAAGACUAGGUUCAGGCAACACUCCUUGCCUGUCCCCAAUAUGGCUUUAGGAUAAGAUUUUUGUCAGUGUUAAUUCCUCACUCGACCCCAAGGACCUCUGACCAAGGCCCCAAUUCUGGCUGUUGAUUGACUUCAGGAACUUUAAGGGUUUUGCCAUGGCUGGGCUAAGUCUGGGUCUGGGUCACUCCAGUGGAAUUUAAUUCUCUCUUUGUCUCUCUCUGGCCAAUUAGCUUUGGUUGAGAUCCAGGUUGGGAGCCUUCUGGGGUGUCGUCCUGUGCUGACCACUGUUGCACUGGAGGAGGGCCCGGGGCUUCUGCUGCAGUAAAGGACACAAUAAGGCUGCAAACAGCGA